AUGUUUCGAUAUUUGUUAUCGUUACCGAACGAACUUAUUGUCAAGAUUAUGAGAAUUAUAUCUUUUGAUAUCAUAAGAUAUAUUGAUAAAACGGAUAGUAAAUUACCAACAAAUAAUCAUCCAAAGAAAGUUAUCGAUGGUUUACGUUUGAUGAAUAGAUUAUUUAAAGAGAUUUUUGAAUUAGUGUUUUUGGAUGAAUAUUUCUUAUAUUUCAAGAUAAAAGAAUUCAAGAAAGAAGAAUUGGAAUCAAGAUCAAAAGAUUUUACAGAUUAUCAUAAAUAUAUGGAAUGGAGAGAGUAUAAACUAUCAUUUUUCUGGGAAAUAAUGAUCAUAAAUUCAUUUUGUAAAUUAGGAGUUGAUGAUAAGAUGGAUGAUUUUUUAUUAAAAUUACGUUGUUUUCGAUAUUAUAUUUUUUAUAGUAAAAAUUUUGAUCCAACAUAUAUCACAUGUGAAUAUCCAAAAGAUGAAGAGAAACUAUUUGAAGGAAAUUAUGUUAAUUUAAAAAAAUCAAAGAAAGGAAAUUAUUAUUAUGUUUGUUCGAAAAAAUCAAUGAUGGAUACAAAAUCUAGUUGGUGGUAUGAAAUAUGUGAUUUCCAUCUUUAUGAAUAUGAUAAAUAUGAAUAUCAAAAAGAGAAAAAAAAACGAUGUUAUUGUAUAGAUUUCUACGAGAAUGAACUGGUUCUUAGAAAAUCAAAAAGGAAAAAAUAUCAUUGGAUGUGUAAAGAGAGAAAAUGUAAUUUUAGUUGUCAUCAAGAAAUAAUUUGUUGUUUCUGUGGAAAACGUAAUCAUGAUGAAUAUGAAUGUUUAGAUUUAAAAAGAUUAUUAAAUGAUAAAUGA